CUUAACACCCACAGGCCUAUCUCGUGAGCGCUCACAGCGAAAGCAUUUUGAGUAGAGAACCAGAAGAAGCUUCACUUCAGUCUGUUCGUUUCUCAGUUGCAUAGAAUCUGACCCUUGUUUUGUUAUUUUCUUUCGUCUUUACCAUAACAAUGUCGAAGAUGUUGGGACUGUUUGUUGGUCUUUUGUUUCUGGGGUUGGCUGCUUCUGUCAAGUUUGAUGAACUCUUCCAACCCAGUUGGGCCAUGGACCAUUUCAUCCAUGAAGGAGAACUCCUCAAACUCAAACUUGAUAACUAUUCUGGUGCUGGGUUUGGAUCCAAGAGCAAGUACAUGUUUGGGAAAGUGGCCAUCCAACUCAAGCUUGUGGAGGGUGACUCAGCCGGAACCGUUACUGCAUUUUAUAUGUCAUCAGACGGUCCAACUCACAACGAAUUUGAUUUCGAGUUUCUGGGCAACACCAGUGGAGAACCAUACUCGGUGCAAACGAACGUGUACGUGAACGGUGUUGGUAACAGGGAGCAGAGGCUCAACCUCUGGUUCGACCCCACCAAGGACUUCCACACCUACUCCAUCUUCUGGAACCAGCGCCAAGUUGUAUUCGAAGUGGAUGGGACGCCAAUAAGGGUGCAUACAAAUCUUGAACACAAGGGAAUUCCUUUCCCAAAGGACCAAGCCAUGGGUGUAUACAGCUCAAUAUGGAACGCAGAUGACUGGGCCACACAGGGUGGUCGAGUGAAGACAGAUUGGAGCCACGCACCCUUCUUUGCCACCUACAAGGACUUCCAAAUCGACGCCUGCGAGUGUUCCGUGCCAGUCACAUCGACUGCUUCUGCCAACAAAUGUAACAGCAGUGAGGAUAAGAAGUAUUGGUGGGACGAACCCACACUGUCGGAACUGAACCUGCACCAGAGCCACCAGCUUAUGUGGGUUAGGGCUAACCAUAUGGUCUAUGACUACUGCACUGACACUACUAGGUUUCCGGUCACACCUGCCGAGUGUGUCCAUCAUCGUCACAACUGAAGACAACAAACCCUGUUAACAUGUCCUUCAUGUUUAACUAUGUAAUAUAUUUUCCGUAGUCUUAUCUUAUGGUAAUUCUUUUAUUUUGUUGCA